AGCAGGUCCCGUAUUUUGAUAAUAUGAAGCCGUCGGUGACUUCUGUCUUCACAGUCGUCCUUCUAAUUGCAGUUGGUAUUGUUCACCAACAUGUUGGUGUGAAGGGCGAGUUGUUGUUUGAAGAAAAUUUUGACGUGUUCGAUUUGAGUGUUUGGCAACAUGAACUCACAAUGAGUGGUGGAGGAAAUUGGGAGUUUCAGAUAUAUGACAAUAAUCGUUCCAACAGCUAUGUUCGAGAUGGUAUUUUGUAUAUCAAGCCGACUCUCACUUCCGAUGCUAUUGGAGAACAAAACGUAGAAAGCGGAUACAGGAUGGACAUGUGGGGCGGGUCUCCUGCUGAUCUGUGCACAGGAAAUCAUUUUUAUGGUUGUCUUCGGGAAAGCGGAGCGGGAGGGAAUGUUCUCAAUCCAAUAAGAUCUGCUCGAAUUCGUACUGUUCAUUCAUUUAAUUUUAAGUAUGGACGAGUGGAAGUCAAAGCACAGUUGCCGAAAGGAGAUUGGCUUUGGCCAGCAAUCUGGAUGCUACCGACAUAUAACCAAUAUGGAGGUUGGCCUUUGAGUGGUGAGAUUGAUAUAAUGGAAUCACGAGGGAACAAUGCCAGCUACUCAGCUGGAGGUGUCGAUGCAGUUGGCAGUACACUUCACUGGGGUCUAAAUUUUUUUGAAAAUGGCUUUGAAAAGACAACGGCACAGAAGAAACUUGAGAGUGGAGAUUUUUCUCAAGGGUUUCACGUUUACGGAUUAAUUUGGAAUGAGACAUACAUCGGGACAUACCUUGACGACCUAUCCAACGUCAUUCUUUCAGUACCGAUAACAGAGUCAUUUUGGGAAAAAGGAGAAUAUGCUGCAAAGAGUUAUGACAAUCCUUGGGUUGCAGGAGGGCGUAAUGCACCAUUCGACCAAAAGUUUUACUUUGUUAUCAAUCUUGCAGUUGGUGGAACUAAUGGAUAUUUUCCUGACAAUCAAGGAGGCAAACCGUGGUCAAACACGUCUCCGCAUUCUGUCAACGAAUUUUGGAACGACAGAAGCAGUUGGUAUAGUACUUGGAAUGGAGAGGACGCUGCCUUGAAGGUCGACUCGGUUAAAGUGUGGAAUUCUUGAGUGAGGGAUUGUCUAUUGACAUUAACUUUGCUUUGUGUUUUUGUCGUAUUGCUUUGGCAGUUGGAAUUUUUAUUUGUAGCUUAAUUGCUUUGAUUAACUGUCAAGUUUUGUUGCUUUUGCAUUUUUAGUUGGGCUUUGUUCUAAUUGACUGGCUUAGUUUUGAUGUAUUGCUGUUGCUGUUUUACUUGGGGCUUGGUAAUUUUUAGUGUUAUUUUAUGCAUUUUAUGUGUAAGGUUGUUACAAGAGAAGUGCAGUGUAUUGGA